CCCGACACAACGCCCGCUCAAUCUUUUUGGGUGUUUCGUUCGUGGGAAUGAGUGUCGGUUCUCUGGUCUCUCUGUUCCAGUCCAGCGCUCAAAACUGUAGCGUUUUUGUUUUCGAACACUUGUUUCGCGUCGGUGUUUUUAUUUUUAAAUUUGCAAUAUAUAAAACCGCUGCCAUGGAGAGCAUUUUCUUUCUGGGAGAGCAGUGUCCUGAACUGGGUUCCAUUCACAUUCUUCCCAAACUAGCUGGUUCGGAAUCCCUUCCAUUUUUUCUAGUUCAGCUGGGAAAAGGUGAGAAAACUCUCUUCGCUUAUAGACCUUGCAGAGCUUCUGUUCUUCGGAUCAAGUUUCCCAACUUUGAGGGUAAUAUUUUGUUACCACACCACGACGUAACUCGCCUCUAGAAAGUAUAAAAUUCGAUAAGCUUUAUAUAACACGUUUUAUCUAUGUGUAUUUAACAAUAUAGAAGGUUAGAUUUUGUCGGUUGAGGCUAAAUUGUAGUUCUUUUGUUAUGUUCGAUGCAGUUGGGUUUUGGUUGUGUCAGCUAACUCAAUUGAGUUUAUUGGACCACACCUUAUUUCAUUUUUGAAGAGUGAAGGAUUGAUCCAUCAUCUGUGGAUAACACGUUAUAAAUUCAAGGAUAUUCCUAGCAAAAGAUAUAAGAAGAUGGAUGGUUGAGAAAUCUUUGUUAUUUCAGAGGAGAUAACUCCACAUUAUGAUUCUAUGUCUAUGUAGAAAUCUUUAUUUUUUGUCUUUUGAUUUGAUACGCGCAGAAUGGCCUUUGCAAGAUUAGUCCAAUGGUUAAAUCUUCUAGCAUGUGCAUUGCUAUUGCUCAAAACAGAAGGCUUUAAUGUAGGAAUUACUUAUGUCCAGACUGCGGUAGCAAAAGGAGCUGGUGAAAAAUUUCUUCUGAAAUAAACUGAUUAAAAUUAAUCCUUUGUUAUUGUCCUUUCAAAUCUUCGUUUUUUAUGGUCCGGAAUCGGGUCUGUUCUGCAGUUUGUUUGGAUGGAAGUCCACCAGCUUACCACUGGGAUAAGGGAUUUGGUGCAGGAAUGAAUAAUUGGGAGGUGGAUGGUGCAACAAUAUAACCACUUGUCUUUCUCGUAAGAACACUCGUCUGGGUUCAUCUAAGCAAAUGGCCAAGGAAAUUGCUUUCUCUGGCAUUAUGAGUAAAUAUCGAAUGUUUAAUCCUGACUUUUACAAUUGGAACAGAAUCAAGGUUAGGUACUGCGAUGGGUCAUCAUUUACUGGUGAUGUGGUAGCAGUCAAUCCAGCCACUAAUCUGCACUUCAGAGGAGCAAGGGUUUGGCUUGCUGUCAUUGAGGAUCUGUUAUCAAAAGGAAUGAAAAGUGCCAAAAAUGCUAUUCUCUCUGGUUGUUCAGCUGGUGGAUUGACUUCUAUUUUGCAUUGUGAUAGCUUCAGAGCUCUCCUACCUAUAGGUGCAAAAGUUAAAUGCCUGUCGGAUGCUGGUUACUUUAUUAACACGAAGGAUGUUUCGGGAGCACAACACAUUGAAGCGUUCUUUAGUGAAAUGGUUGCAACACAUGGUUCAUCCAAGCAUUUGCCUUCAUCAUGCACUUCAAAACUGAGAGCAGGGUUUGUAAGUGCAUCUAUUAUGUGUUUCUUUCCCCAAUACAUGGCGCAGCAAAUCCGGACGCCAAUAUUUUUGGUAAAUGCAGCCUACGAUUCAUGGCAGAUAAAAAACAUUUUGGCACCUGGUGUUUCUGAUCCUCACGGCUACUGGCAUAGCUGCAAACUUAAUAUAAAGAACUGCUCGCCUAGCCAGAUCACAGCCAUGCAAGCUUUUAGGCGGCAGUUUUUAAAAGCAUUGAGUGCUUUAGGCCCCUCUUCAUCCAGAGGAUUAUUCAUAGAGUCUUGUUUCGCCCACUGCCAAACAGAAACGCAGGAGACAUGGUUCAGCAGCGAUUCUCCAUUGCUGAGUAGAACAACAAUUGCAAGGGCAGUUGGAAACUGGUUUUAUGACCGAAGUCCCUUUCAAAAGAUAGACUGUCCUUACCCUUGCAACCCCACUUGCCACAACCGUGUUUUCGAUACAAAGGAACACCCAGAUUUAUAGAUGCAUUAUGCCAAGAUAAAUCAUUUUUUAUUUUUAUGAAUUUUAGUUAUCAGCAGCAUGAGAGAGUAUAUAUAUAUAUAUAUAUAUAAUUAGAUCUAAUGAUUGAUCAAGUCUUCUGAAUAAGCAAAAGGCUCCACUUCACUAAACUUGUGUGCAGGGUGCCUUCCAUCAUUGUUUAUGUAAUCGAUUAUUACUCAAUAAAAUUAAUGCACCAACUGUUGAUGGUUUGAGGA